AUGCAGGAUCUGGUCUUGAUGGACCCAGAUGGCGAGCGGGACGGUGCCGCCAAUAAAUUUUUCCAGUGGAAGAAGGAAAAACUUCCACAUCUGGUUCAAAGCGUAGAGGCAGGAUAUCUACGCGAUUUGCGUUUACUUCAAAAAGAGUACGGUCCGACAUCAGUAGGUAAUGAUGAUGAAAGUGUCAAAACGGAUGACACCAAUAACUUUAUACUAGAUAAAGAAAUCAAAAUUAUGGUAAAUAAUCCAAUAUCACCAGUAGACAGUCCAAAAAGAAGUGUAAUUUUGAAAUCCCUAGAGUUAGAGGAUAUAAGUGAGGAAGAGCUAGAUUUUGAAGAUGAAGUAGAAACACAAGUGAGAGAUGACAGUAAAACAAAUGCACACAAGAAAAAAAGAACAAAUAAACAAAGAAUAAUAGAAACGUGUUCUUCUUCCGAGACCGAUUCUUCGGACUCUUCAUCCGAAGAGAGCAGCUCUUCAAGCUCUUCAUCCUUGACAACAUUGUCAAGCUUGUCAUCAGUCAGUGUUGCAGUCGCAAAGAAGAGAAAACGAACUUGGACCAAGUUCAGAGACUUCAAAGAUGAUAAGAAAAAGAAUAGUGUUAUAAGUGAAAAGAAACAGAAAAGUGAAACAAGUGUAGAAAGUAAACAGACAAAGAAAAGACAAAUUGAUGAAAAACAUAGUGAAAAUGAAAACUAUAAAACAAACAAAAAGAGUAAGCACGACGAAGAGAAGGAGAAUACACAGAAUAGUCUGACUAGUGGAAGUGUUAAUGAAAAGAAGAAGCAAAGUGAAACAAGUGAAAAGAAAAAGAAUGAUGAAGUAAAUGUUAAGAAACAGACAAGUGUUGCUAGUGAAAUAGAAAGUGAAACGAAAAAGAAAAGUGAAAUUAGUGAAAACGAAAUUGAAAAGACUAAGAAACAAGUAAGUGUUAAAGAUAACGAAAAGAAGCAAAGUGAAACAAGUGAAAAGAAAAAGAAUGGUGAGGUAACUAAAAAGAGACAGACAAGUGUUGCUAGUGAAAAGAAAAAGAAAAGUGAAAUUAGUGAAAAGAAAAAGAAUGAUGAAGUAAGUGUUAAGAAACAGACAAGUGAAACAAAUGAAGAAAGUAUAAAGGAAAAGAAAAGACAAAUAAGUGAAAAGGAAAGUGCAAAUAAAAAGUCUGAAACACUCAAAGGAAGAAAGAAUGAUGAAGUUAGCGAACGGAAAAAGAACAGUCAAACAAAAGAAAAUAGUGGUGGAAAGAAACAUAGUGGCAUAAGUGAAACGGAAAAGAAUGGUGAUGGAAAUGAAAAGAAAGGUCAAACACAUGGAAAAGAUAGUGAACAGAAGAAUAGUGGGAAAGGUAAACAGGGACAGAGAAGUGAAACAAAAGAUACCAAAAGUGACAAGAAAGAAUGUAAUCAGACUUGUGAAAAACAAACUGAAAAUACCAAGGGCAGAGAAAUUAAUGAUAAACCAAGUGAAAAGAAAAAUGGUGAAUCCGGUGAAGGAGAAAGUGAAAGAAUGAAUAUAAAUGAGACUAGAGAAAAGGAAAAUAAUAGUGAAAAGGGUGAAAACAAAUUGGAGGGUCAAACAAAUGAAAAUAAUAAUGGAGAGGUCAGUGAAAAGAAAAACGGUGAAUCUAGUGAAAAAGAAAGUGAGAAGGUAAACAAUAAUGAGACAUGUGAAAAGGAAAAUAAUAGUGAAAUCAGUGAAAAGACUCAUAAAAAUGAAAAUGAGAACAACCAGAGAAAUCAAACCAGUGUAGUAGAAAGUGAAAAGUAA